UUUUAUUCGAAAUUUUCAAUGUGGAUUUUAGAGCUUGUAGAGCUGCUAGACAAUGAAAACAGAAAAGAACUCUUUUCCCAAGCUUUCCUUUUGCUUGGACCAACCGAGCGGUCUCCUGUUGCAACCGUAGCUUCUAAGCAUUCUGCUGCUCCAGCAGUAGUCAACGAGUGACCAGGAGAAGACAAACAUGCAGUAGGAGAAACCAACAAGUUUUCAGCAGACCAGCUGCUCGAACCAGUCGUUAAGGCCGGCAAGGAAACGCUGGCACAAAAGUAUUUUAAGGUAGGAGUUCCACAUGACUUAACUGUCCAAGUUUGUCUUCGAAGAAUAAUAUAAAGGUACCACAAUAAGAGAAAAAUUUUCUUAUCCACUUGUCCCUCAGAAAAGCACUAUUUAAAUUUGGUUGUACAGCAAAAUUAACCCAAGAGAUUUUUCCCGCUAACAAGAAGACUAUCAGGGACGAGAUGUAAUAAUUAGUUUCCCAUUCUUUCAUUUUGCUCAGCAAAUGGACGGAAAAAUGAAAUGCUGUCGAUGAGUCUUGUUUUAUAAAUCGCCAAGGUAAAUCUCGUAUUUUAUGAAUGGUAUGUGUACUGUAACAGUUCGUCACUGGAAAUGAUUGCUCAGAUGACGGAGGAAUUGAGAGUACUGCAUGCCCAGGGAGCAUAAAUACCUUCAUAGAAAAAUAUUAGUGCAAGUUUGUUUUGAAUUCAAAGGUCUUCUAUUUCUAAAAUUGUGUUGUAGCACCCAGCUAGUUUGACAUUCCCUUGUGCGUGAAAUUUUGCACAACCCGAUCUUUAUUUUAUAUCUCUUAGAAAUCCGUUGUCAGGUUUACCCUAGCAGUUUUUUAUGCUAACUCUAACGAUGAAGAAAAACUUCGUCUGAUCUGGGUUCUAUCUCAUCUCCUUAAUAUGACAUGACAUUCACAGUGGUGGGAAACCUUUGUGAAUUAUAACAUAUAAAUGUAAAAUAGUAUAAAUAUUUGUAAAUCUCUGUACAAACAAUCCUAAAUAACCAGCUGGGCUAUGGGCUACCUGUCAUUUUGAUUAAAUUCCUACCCGUCCGGAGAAGAAAUUGAAAUAAGGGUUAACUGUGAAGUGAUCUCCAUAUGAAACCAUAUUGAGUACAAAAGCUUUGUUAUAUGCUAAAUUGCCUGAUGAGUGUGGUCCCCCAACGUCCAAACGAAACAGAUCUGUGGCGAUUUCAAAACAAACGAUGUAUAACCUCUGAAGCGGAGGCUGGGGCUAUCUUCCAAUGACAUUAUAUAUAGAGAUAUAUAUACAUAGAUUUCUGGAGUCGGACUAAUUCAAACACAUUUAUUUGCAACUCUGAGUUUCAUGCGUAGUCCGCCUCCAGAAAUCUAUAUUAUAUUCACAGCUCUGGUUUUACCAUUGAGCACUUUUAUAGUAGAUGAAGUCUUCAGUUUAUCUGCUGCUAGACCUUAUACCUUAUUGUUAUAGUUUCUGCUGAAGGAGGCUGCCAAACGAGCUGGAAUGUGGGACAAAGCCCUCCAGUUUUCCCAGAUUUCACCGGAGAAGUGGAACUCUUUUAAUCAAUUGGUAAGUCAUCCUAAGUCACAUAUAUAUAUAUAUAUAUAUAUGAAGUUGAACUUGCUUGAUGAGUGUGGUCCUAUAAUUUCGGUGCAUACGAAACAGCACUGUCGCAAUAAAUGAUCGAUGAUUACUCCUGAAGCCUGAGCUCCUGUGAACUUAUUAAUAUAGCCAGUGCUCUUCAAUUAAAUGAAUUGAGCCCUCUACGAAGUACAUUCUACCCAGAAUACAAGUAUUUAUAUUGAUAUGAGAUAUAUGCAUAUAUAUGUCGAGGAAAAACGUAUUGAUCUGACUGUUGAACGAAAAAAAGAAUUAGGUACUCUGCAAAAGGGAAAUAUUUUGGCAAAGUAGGCUAAAAACUCUACAGCCUACUGGACUGAAUAAAUGUAUAGGCUAGAGUUUCGAAGCGCAAAAGACCUUUAUAAAGUAGUGUGUACAUUAAUAAUGUUUAAAAACAUAAGUUAUAAAGGGCCUAUCUGCUCUAGUCCGCAGAAACCCCUGAUGAAGGCAGAAGCUGAAACGCGUUGGGUUUAAGUCAAAGCAAUUUAUGUUCUGAGACCACUUUCUACUACUACUACUACUGCUACUGCUACUGCUACUACUACUAACAAUAAUACUAAUGCCUGAGACAGUUGACAAAGAUAAGACCUGGGAGUGGAAUAGGAAAGGUGACUGUGACCCUGAUUUUUGCAGCCCUGAGAGGUACUGAGAACAAACUAUGUUAAGUUCAGAGACAAGUUCGUGGACUCCCCUCUUCACAGGUUGUGUGGCCAAAAGGGUGAAACAAUAAAUCAUAAUAAGUGACUGAUAGCAUUUAGUGCAGAAAGAGUGCAAAUGAAGUUAUUAUGCCUUCAGAAUGUGUUUCAUUUUCACACCUUUCUUUAAAUGAAAUCAGCUGGGCGUUUAAUGUUAAUUCCCUUGGUAUGAGUCAUUAGCUUCUUUUUUUGUGCAGCUCAUUGAAUUUUGCCCACAGUUAAAAAGCCAGUCGCAUGAUGUCAAAAAGUGCUUAAGCACUUCUCUGAUAAACAGACGAAAUUAUUUAACGAGACUGGGAAAGUUGCAGGUGUGAUUUUUUAUAAAUACAGGCUAGGGUUCUUACAGAGUCUUGGCUUCUUGAAAAUUCUUGAAAUUUACCCAGCAGUUUUCCACACCUCGAAAAAGUCUUGGAAAUGGAGGUAAAGUCUUUAAACAUUCUCAAGUUUUUUUUUUUCAAAGCUACUUAAGUGGUUUAGAAGUGAUAUUUUUCGUUUUGGUCAAAUCUUAUUCAAUCUCGCCCAUUAUUAAUUUAAUUUGUUUGCAGGGCAUCCUGAAAAAAAGCUUUGGUCCGGCAUUUUUCAAUGUAGAUCUAUUUUUCGAAGUAACUUUGAAUUUGCUUCGCUAACAAACGUAUAUACCCAUAAAUCCUGAAACCUCGUCGUUCAUGGUUUAUACUUUUUAGCCACAACGUUUUUUCAGUUAUAUAACUCGCUGCAAAGAUUGUGCUUGAUAAACACAAGCAUGGCACUUCUAUAAAAUCUUUUAGCAUACACAGGGAAACAAUAUCAACAAACCGUUCACUUCAGAAAUAGCCUUUAAUUUUUGAGAAAGAUAAAAUACAAAUUUUUUUUGCCCUUAUUAUAUAAUAAUUAUGCUGCACUUAUGAUUGUUUUCAGGCCAGGUAAUUUUAUUUUUCUUUUGUCUCAACCUUUUAAAUUAGGCAUUACUAGCUGCAUACCCCAAAACAAAAGAAAAUAAAAAGUUAACUACAACAUAUACUAGCUUACUACGUCAUUAACUAAUGAUCAUUAGUUUAUGUUGUUAUUCUUCACUAACUUGUAGGUUGGGUAUACUAAGGUUGCUUUUAUAUUGGGGUCUGGGUUAGGAAAAAAGGGGACCAUUUACCUUCUGCUGGCAAAACUCUAAAUAAGUAAAUUAAAUGAGUUAAAUGAUUAUGGGUGUUUCAUUAAGUUAUUUUUUAAAGCAGUCAAGCUGAAUGCUUACGAACAUGCACUGUAAAUUUCAUUUUUAUUAAUAUGGCGUUUGCCUGUUCAAAUAAUUGAAUUGUACUUAACACUUAAUUUGUAUUCAUUUUGCAGAGGUCUUGUGAAAAUAACAUAUAAAGGCCAUAUCCUCAGCACAGGGGUUGUAGUCAAACGUGAAAAUGGUAAGUCGCUUAAAAAGGAAUUAAUGCCCUGAAAACUGAGUGGCAGUCCUCGGCCACCAUAGACAUCAUCCUGGAUCUGCCGUCAGAAGAACUCCCCAUAGAAAAGGUUCUUGGUAUUCAGUAG